AAGCAUUCGGGACCGGAACGGUUCCCACGCCUUGAAUUCAACCUGGAACUCAACCUGCGAGGCUGAUGACGAUCUUAGCCAUAUUGGUUUUGCAGUCCACGACCAUCUGAUGCUCGAAAGCUUCAUCGAACAGGGUAACUCCAAGAACGGCUUGGCAUAUUCAAAGUUCAAUCGACGUGCACUCUGCAACUGCGGAUUCAAUUCAUUCCUGUUCGAGCGUCUAGCUUCCGAAAGCUGCCAAACACUGAACGAACUGACUGAACUACAUGACGCCAUGAACAGCACCGCAAACUAACCCCACAAUUAAUCUCGAGGCCAACUUCAGAAACCUCAAAGCUCUAUCACCACCCACCAAAGGGCCACAAGAUGAGGUCAACACGAUUCCUUGUCCGCCCGGAUGUCCUUGUACGCUCCCUCCAAACACCGAUACGCCGGCCACCACAAUCAUGCCUCCGCGCACCACGGCAAACCCGAACCUUCCUCAUGCGUCCGCGGACGUCAACCCGCGCCGUCGAGCGACUCGAUAUCAAUGGCCUCCGACACAAGGCCUAUGACUACCACCUCAAGCGCCACCGCUUUCUACAAGCCGGCGCACUUGCCGGUGUGAUCGCCUUCACCUACACAGCCUACCUGCUCUACUUGGAGCUGCAGAAGCCCAAGAAGAUGGACACAGGUCUCCCCUCCGGAGUUGACCCGUUCAGUACCGAAGGAGGAAGUAAGCGCAAGACAGUCAUACAUGAUGCCGACGGCAAGGAAAUGGUACCAACCGGCUACAAAGGCGUGCCGUCCUUUCCGCGCACCCUUGACCUCGACAUGGGCACUGGCAACGGACAAGAGACAGUCGACGGAGUGGAAUAUACGCUCGUGGGCCUGGGCAUGCGAUCCGUCAGCUUUCUGGGCAUCUACGUCUAUCUGGUGGGAUAUUACAUCGCGACGUCCGACAUCGCCGCCAUCCAAUCCAAGCUGGUCAAGGAAGUGAACCCCAUCGCGACGACGCUAGUCCCCAGCGAACGGGACGACUUGCGCCGCCGUCUGUUGGACCCCUUCGAGGGCGAGAAGCUGUGGCGCGAGAUUCUGGACGAUGUCAAGCCCAGGAGUAUCUUCCGCAUUGUGCCCGUCAAGGACACGGAUUUCCAUCAUUUGCGGGACGGGUUCGUGAGGGCCAUUAUGGGGCGCACGCAGGCGCUGCCUAAAGAGCAUGCCGAUGAGGGCUUCGCCCGUGCGAUGCAGGAGUUCAGGGCUUUAUGGAAUCGCGGUAAGGCGCCGAAUAAGAGUGAGUUGUUGAUGGUGAGGGAUGAGAGGGGGGUUUUGACCGUCGUAUUUGAUGCGGGUAAGGGCAAGGGCCAGAAUAGGGGGACGGUGGGUAGAGUCUUGGAUGAGAGGGUCAGCAAGGCGCUGUGGAUGAACUACCUAGCCGGACGCCAGGUUGCGAGCGAGCCGGCUAGGAAGAAUAUCGUUGAGGGCAUUAUGGAGUUUGUUGAGAGGCCGGUGGGGACGGUUGCUGCUCAGGUCGUGGUGUCGCACCAUGUGUAAGUGCAAGAGAAGUCGCAGUUAUGGCAGUACAAGACAUGAUAUGUGAUCUGCAUAAGUGCGUUAAGGUCGAAAAGAAGAAAUAUCCGGCAAAAGGAAAUAUCACAAUAAAUGUACACAUUAGGACUGGGGGAAAAAGGGGGGAAGACGGGGUGGCUCGUGUAUAUUAUCGGCCCAGUCUUGUUGUCUUUCUGUACAGAACCGUACCUCACUCAGAAAAAAAAUGACGAUCCAAUGACUACUCAGCUGUCUUUGAGGGCCAAUUUCCCAUAGCUAUCUUGGAGAUGAGUAUUGGCCGCGAACAGAAUUAGUUGAGCCUUAUUCUUUAAUGGUCAAUGAAUCGGCGGCAACUAGCAGGGCACGAAGAUUGAGAGUCCACUUUUACCUCUUCUUGUUCGAC